AUGCCGGUGGCCGAUACUGGCGACGAGCCACAGGUCAAGCGCAAGAAGCGCGUCCUGAAACACGAGGCCAAGUUUUUGGACGCGCUUCCCAGCGCCACCAUGUACGAGACCAGUCUCAUGCACCGCGACACGAUCACGCAUGUCAUUGCCACCAAAUCCCACUUUGUGAUCACGGGCUCGGUGGACGGCCAUAUCAAGUUUUGGAAAAAGAAACAAGGAGAGGGCAUUGAGUUUGUCAAGCACUUUGGUGCUCAUCUUGGCGCGCUAAACGACAUGGCGGCCAGCAGUGAUGGCGCAUAUCUUGCCAGUGCCUCGGCCGACAAAACACUCAAGAUCUAUGACAUUAUCAACUUUGACAUGAUCAACAUGGUUGAGCUCGAGUAUGAGCCGACCGUCGUGUGCUGGAUUCACGUUCCGGGUUCUGCAGUUCCCCUUGUGGCCGUAGCGGAAGCGGAAACUGCCAAGAUCCACAUUUACAGUGCACUGACCACGGAAGCGCCCAUUCAAACCCUCUCCAUCCACCGCAAGCCCGUCACCGCCAUUCAAUACAACCCGACGGUGGACAUUAUCGUCUCUGCCGAUGAAGGGGGCAUGAUUGAGUACUGGGCGGGCGCUGAUGGAAAGUUUGGUAUGCCCGAGAACCUGGCUUUCGAAUUCAAGACGGACACAGACCUUUAUGAUUUUCUCAAGCACAAGGCCUAUGCGCAUCGCAUCGACUUCUCGCCUGAUGGUAAACGUUUUGUUGCCACGGGCAGCGAUCAAAAGGUGCGCAUCUUUGACUUUGCUUCGGGCAAGCUCUUCCGCGUGUAUGACGAGGCCCUUGUCUCGUAUACGGAACGCCAAAACCGCAAAGCGUUUCUCUCCUCGAUGGAGUUUGGUCGUCGCGCAGCCGCCGAGCGUGAGCUGACCAAGGCCACGGCCGUGCGCCACGGCAACGGGUGCUUUGAUGCCUCGGGCAAUUUCGUCCUGUACGCAACUCUCGUGGGCGUCAAGGUCAUCAACUUGAUCACCAACCGCUGUGUGCGUAUCAUUGGCAAGGAUGAGGGCAUUCGCUUCCUCAACAUUGCCCUAUACCAAGGCAAGCCCACCAAGAUGGGCCAAGCCACGCACACCCUGGAAAUGGAGGCAUCUGACAACCCAGCGCUGAAGAACCGCGAACUGGAUCCCCUGCUGAUUUGCUCGGCGGUGAAGAAAUCACGUUUCUACGUAUUUUCCAAACGUGAACCGCAGGAGGCAGCAGGCGACAUUAGUCGCGAUGUUUUCAAUGAAAAGCCAACGCGCGAACAGCAGAUGGCAGCCAUCACAACCACGGCCACGGAGCGCUUGGCUGAUGCCGUCACGCUGCACACAUCAUACGGUGACAUUCACCUGGAGCUGUAUCCCAUCGAGUGCCCCAAAACCGUGGAGAACUUUGUGACACACUGUCGCAACGGCUACUACAACAACCUGACCUUCCAUCGCGUCAUCAAGGACUUUAUGGUGCAGACGGGUGACCCGUUUGGUGAUGGCACAGGUGGCCAGUCAAUCUGGGAUCAUGAGUUUGAGGAUGAGUUUCAUCCGCGUCUGAAGCACGAUCGUGCCUACACGGUGUCGAUGGCGAAUGCUGGACCAAACACCAACGGGUCUCAGUUCUUCAUCACUUUGCUUCCGACGCCUUGGCUGGACAACAAGCACACGGUCUUUGGGCGUGUUGUUCGUGGCAUGGAGGUGGUGCAGGACAUUGGCAAGUGCAAGGUGGACAAGAAUGACAAGCCCUUUGAUACCAUCAAGAUCGUGAGCACGACGGUGCGAUAA